GGGGGGAAGGGUGAAAAUCGAGGAUAUAACCAUUUUUCUGGUGAAGCUUAAUUUGAUCGCAAGUGUACACCGUAUAUUUAUUGAGAUUUAUUUUCAUUCUCUCUUUAUUAGUUGUAGGUACAUAACGAAGGUAAAUACAAAGAUUAAUAGCUAACAGGUUGUCGUUUCCACCCUUUCUUUCGUUUUCACCCUUAACAAGGGGAGAAAGUGAUCGAUAAGUGCCCUUCGUAUAAGCACGUAAGAAAUAUCGUCCAAGUACCUGUUCGAUAAAUUUUCAUACCAAUAACAAGUAAAGUUUGUUAUAAACAUUCAAGUAAUUGACUAAUACCUAAUAGGGUAAUGGAUUCAUACGGAAAUUCUGGCGUUUAGUAUCAUUAGAUUUAAGGGUAAAACUCGCGCUUGGAGCUCUUGAGAUCUUUUUUUUUCAUGAACACUGUUAGAGUCAGCUCCAGGAUUCUCUCGCGAAAAAUGCUUCCUCGCGGAAGUUUUACUCUCAGAUGGACAGCUAGGUAGUUUAAGAAGGGCAACGUAGAAAGGCGAGGCAACCAUACCUGACUAUACUCGCUGUGAAUUUCCUCGAGUGGAGGGCAAAGUUUGAUUUUGCUGAGGGCGCACGCCCCGCUCCCAGCUGCACAACCGACUGGCCUUUAACCAGUCACGAACGGGUCUUCGUUCGUCACACUCUGACGAGAUGUGUUUAUAGUUCGUCGUUCAAUCUAUUUUUCCUCUGUUUCUCUUUUAUCGAGUGAAAACACUGUUAUCCCGGAUUACGUGUAUCUACCUAGUGAUCGCUUUCCCCUUUGUUCCUUUCGCCCAUCGUCGAAAGUGAUGUUGCUGGAAUCGAAGGACGUACUCUGUCUCAUAAUAUCGUGUUCGCGAUGAAUGAUCCUUGAUAGAUCAUUGAGGUGAAUCAAGAGAAUCAUUAAGAAGAAUGUCUAGGAUAUUAGAAGGGAUGGACGAAUGCCCCAUGGACCCGGGGCUGAAAUUUGACACCACUUGAAUGCAAAGAAAAAGGUACAAAUGAGCAGGACGCGGAAUGGGCACAUCCUGGCUUUUGGCCCUGCUUCCUGUGACGAUGACGACGAUGACAAUAAUGUCGUACAUCACCGUAACGACGGCUACUUCAACAUCGGUGCCGUCUAUUACUACGGCUACCAGCAACGAUAUUCUAGAUACAAAGAGGGCGGAUAUUGAGAAAGCUUUGGAUGUGAUCGAAGCGGCAUCAAUUGGAUCGUUGGGUGAAGAUUGUGCCACGACAGCUGGUUUUAAAUCUUUACCAGCUGCCGUAGCACUUGAUCCACGACGUUACGAUACUGCUCGCCAAAAAGCUGAUAUGACCGCUCUUAUGCUCCAAAAUCUUGGCACCAUCGGAGGAUCAAGGCAUAACGUGCUUUUAGAGGUGUUAGCGAAAUCUCUGCUGGUGUCCGUGAACGAUGCAGUAGAAACAAGAGUGAUGGCGUUAAAUGCAUCUACCGGUGCAGUGAUCAGCGCGGUUUGGUUGGAAAGAAAUCCAGCUAGUGUUGGAGAACCGUCAAAUGUUGAGAGUAAUGGACUCCAACCAGGAUCUAUACCAGAUCCAAAUUUGCCUUGGUUCGAAAAUGCUGGUACCACCACGGAAUUGAGGUCACCGAAAUUCAUGCAGUCACCGGCGAUUGAAUCCUACAGGGGUUGGUGGACCAUUCCGUACUUUUCCUGUAAAAGCCAUCGAUGGUUGAUCUCGUACAGCGUUAAUAUACGACCACCGGAUGCUCGUCAUGGAAUUCGAGAAUUUUUAAGCGUGGAUAUUGACAUCAGUGGAUUAGAAGUAAAUCAGUGCGAUGUAUCAUCGCAAACUAGCGCAAACGAAGCUUUAAGUAAUCAAAUAGCAUCUUUUAAAGGCACACAUAAAUGUCAUAACGACACUACACGGUGCGAAUAUCAAAGUCCUGGUAACCGUAUUAAUCAAAAUGGAGUGGGUGCUGGAUGGGUUAAGGGUGCAUACAUAUGCAAAUGUCGAAAGGGUUAUUAUAGCACUAAUCAGCAUCAAUCUGGUUUCGAUGGAAUUCUCGUCGAAGCUGCUUGGAAAGAGAUGCAAGAAAACAUAAGCGACUCGUAUGUGACAGAAUUUCGAUGUAUGCGUUGUGCACCAGGAUGCUCGAAGUGCAAAGGGCCCGAGCCUUGUUUAGCUACUUACAACUGGCCCUUCCGAAUCACCCUUUUGUCAUUCUCCAUUUUCUGUGUGUUCGGUACCAUCGUUUUGGUGGCCUAUAUGUAUCAACACCGUAAGCUUAAAGUGUUCAAGGUCGCUUCGCCGAUAUUUCUAUCCAUUACGCUUUUGGGUUGUGCUAUUAUGUAUCUUGAAAUGGCUGCCAUAUUUCCCGUUUUGGAUAUGUAUUCUUGUAUCGCGACCAAGUGGACGAGACAUCUUGGCUUUUGUAUUUCUUACACGGCGUUGUUGAUGAAAACAUGGCGAGUUUCUCUCACGUAUCGUGUCAAGAGCGCGCACAAAGUCAAGCUUACGGAUAAACAAUUGCUACAAUGGAUGGUUCCAAUAUUAUUAGUAAUGUUAAUUUAUCUUGGCACAUGGACAUUGAGCUCACCACCGUAUGCCGAAGUGAUAGCCGACAAUUAUGGUCUGAAAUUCUACCAAUGUUCGUUCAACUGGUGGGAUCACAGUUUAGCAAUCGGGGAAAUUCUGUUUCUUGCAUGGGGAAUUAAAGUGUGUUACAAUGUUCGCAACGCGGAAAGUCUCUUCAACGAGGCCCGUUUGAUAAGCUACGCAAUUUAUAACAUAGCCGCUGUGAAUAUAACUAUGAUCGCCAUUCACCUUUUCAUUUUCCCUCAUGCCGGACCAGACAUCAAGUAUCUGUUGGGAUUUUUACGCACACAACUUUCAACCUCUGUAACCGUGUUUCUUGUAUUUGCACCUAAGGUAAUUCGUGUUUCGUUGUUUCUCUCGAGCUUGGAUAAUUUCAGGAAAUUUCAGGUGACUCGAGUAUUACGAGGGCAAGGUGAUCAAUGGGAUAGUCGUGCCAGAGGUCGGGGUGUCACCGCUAGUUUCUCGUUGAAUGGAAUCGGUUUGGUGUCCGAGGAGACGACAGACUUGCAUCAAGAAAACGAGGAGCUUAAGGAGGAGAUUCAAAAACUGGCAGCCCAAAUAGAAUUUAUGAAAAUCGUCCACAUGGAGAUGUACAAUCGCCAUAUUAAAUCGAAAGCCGGUGGAUACUUUAGCACCCAUGGUCAUGGGCAUACUCAUCCAUCCUCGGCUCAAAGUCCAAUAGCGAAAAGCUCGACGGCCAGUUUUAUAUUGAAACAGACAGCCGUGGAACGAGGAGCUAGCGCGGCCGCGGCUGCCGCGGUCGAAGACUCAACUUUCCCUUCUGGAAGUUUGCAUCGAGCGCGUCGAAUGGAGAUCCUGAAGGAACGGAAGGCGGAAAGGGAAAGGGAACGGGAUAAAGGAAAGGAGAAAGAGAAAGAGAGAAGGGAGAGGGAACAGAAGAGAGAGAAAGAAGAAGAAAAGGAAAAACAAGAGGGUGCUGCACGCGAGGAAACCGUCGAAGAGAGCGGAGAGAAGGUCUGACUAGUGCUAAAUAGCAAUGAGGUAAGAUCAAUUUCUUUAUUUAGAUGGGCCUUCCUAUUUGGCAAACCUGGGCCAAUGAAUAUUUCAUGAAUUUUCUUGCUCGAUGUUGUUUCAUUGUCAGUAAUAAUGAACUUAUUUCAUUUUAUCAGGAACAUAGAAAUGUUUAUCAGAAUUAAUAUUCUGGUAUUCAGUUUAAUGAACGCCAUAAUGACAAUAAUUUUAUUGUUGUUUGAAUAUCGUCCACAGAUAUGGUUAUGACAAACUCAGAAUAUAAAGAAGAAUAUGAAACGUAAGUGUGUUCGUGGAAAGAGAAGGUUCAAGAAAAGAGGUAAAUUCACAGGGUAUUCUCUAAUGCAGGCCUGGGCAACUCGUACCCUUAAAAUGAAAAUUACUUAAUUUCUCUCUUACUGCCUUAUUUUAGCUAGGGGUGGGUAUUAACGCAGAAUUUUUUUUUUUUUUUUUUAAUUAUUUAUGAUUUCUAUGAAUGAACAAAAGUUGUCCUCUAAGGGGUUUUAAUCGUUUAUAUUUACCCUAAGGGCAUCGAAUUGCCCAGGCCUGUUCUAAUGGAUACAAGACACCCAGUGUUCGAACGACUCAAAGGACUUCAAUCAUUAAAUAGUAAAUAGAUUAAAUCUGUACGUAUAUAAUUGUCAUUCGUUUAUGGUGGCAGUAACUCCAUUAGCUUUAUCGUCAAAUAUUUAUGUUCACACCAAACAAGAAAUGUUUGAUGAUUAACGAGAAUAAGAGACGUGAUUAACAGGGAUAAUUAAAAAUAAUCUUCAUUAUUUUCAAUGUUACUAAUAAUUUAUCAAUAAUAGGUAUCGGUAUUCUAUUUUUUCGUCAUUGAAAACAUCAUCCUUAAUUACCUUGAUUAAAUACCUAAUGAAUAAUGAAGUAAUGUGAUUUCUCAAAUGAUAAUUAGUAUAAUCAACUUCGUUAAAUAGAAGAAAAAAAAAAAACAAAUAAAGAUUGUUACUUUGCAAUUGUUCUUGGUUUGCGUCUGUAACAAGCACGAUUUUCUGCUGAAUUUUACUCGUGUAACACAAAAUGAAUUUGUGUCAAUAAAUAAGCAAAACCAUAUCAUAGAGUAUACCGAAUCAAAACUGAUAAUAUUACAUUGUUAAACUUAUAAAGUUACUCGAUCGCUGAAUACAUUUCUAAACAACUAUUUGGAAAUUAAACAUUCUAUUUGUUUAAUAUUUAGUACAGGAACAAAAUAUAAACUCCAAUUCAAUUACACAACAAUUUUUUCUCUUUUUAUUUCAAUCAUUAACAUUAUAAAUAGACUGUAUGAAUGAUAUUCGUAUCAAAAAAAUAAAAAUUAGACGUAAACCAAGAGAAAGAGAGAGGCAUAAGAUAGCUGAAAGUAAAUAAAAAAAAAAAAAAAGAAAAUAUUAAAAAAACUCGUUAUAUCGCACAAAAUAUCAAUAAGUAUCGAGAGCACGUACAGCAUUUUAUUACAUGAUUGGAGUAUGAAAAUUUACUUGGAUAUAUCUCAAAGAAAAAAAAAAGCACACGCAUUUUAUACGACAAUAAGAUACGAUUUAAGGUACUUUAUUGUUACUAGCGCAAAAAGAUCGAAUAUAAUUUUUCUUUUUCGUUCGUUGACUAUUUCGAUCGUCAGUUGCAAUUAGAUAACGAAAAAUUUCGUGAAUGCCCUUAUGGCAAUUUUAUAUUUCGAAAUGAACAACCUGGAUCUCUUCUGGGUCCAUCCCUAUAUUAAAAAUUACUAUAAAACGUGUGAAAGCUUGAUAGGAUAUUGGUAAAAAAAAAAAAAAAAGUAUUCGACAAGAAUUGCUACAGGAAUGGGACAAUUCUUGAAUAGGAAUGUUGUACUGUGUUUUGAAACAUAACAACGUUAUAAAUUCGUUUCAAUAUUCAAUUGUUCCACAUCUUUUGAUGGGUUUUAUGGUUCAUCAGCAGACAUUGCUGUUUGAGCGAUUUGAAAGAAAAAAGAAAGGGAAAUAAUGAACUUUUAUUGAAGAUAUAAAAUUUGUACAAUAAUUUGUAUAUGUAUAUAUAUUUUUGGACAAAAUUACUGUAUAUCGUUGUUCAAAAUUUAUGGGAUAUAUGAAAGCUAUAUGUAUACAGGGUGGAUCACGCAAUUGUUUCAGGUCAUAACUUCGUUAUUAAUGGAUUCACGAAAAAAUUAUCUUUAUCUGGCAUUUUUUCGUGAAUGCACUAAUAAAAAUUGUUGUGACCUGAAACAAUUGCAUGGCCCACCCUGUACAUAUAUAUAUGACUGAUAAUUAUCAUUAUUUUACAUUGUUACAUCUUUUGUGUACAAAUGAUUACUGUUUAGCAAAAGAUGUGAAUUUCGAUGAAGAAACGUAGCCUUAAGUCAAUGUGAGGAUCGUUCAGAUUGAAUUAUAUCUUGAGAAAUAGAAAUAAAUGUUUCUUUUCUUUUUUUUUUGUAUUUGUAGGUAGAACGGAUAUAGUAUAAAUAAAUAGAAAGACGUUCGUUGAAAAUAGCAAAAAUCGUUACCGCUUUAAAGAAGGCUUAGAAUAGGCUUUAAAGUGAUAGUUGGUGGAAUCGAUGAAAAAUUACGGUUGAAAAAAUAAAACUAAAUGGUCGCUUGAAAUUUCAAAUUUCAUAUACUCGUUAUGCGGUAUGUAAUAUUAAAAUGUAAAUCGUAUACAAAAGCAACGUUUCCGAGAAGUUGGACAGAUAAAUGAUUAAUUUUUUAUUUUUAAUUUACCACUUGCAGGAAGUAUCAAUAACGAGAUAAAGUUAGGUAAAAACUAAUAUAAAAUCAGAUCUGGCAGAAAUCAUUGACUAGGACGUUUUUCCAAAAAUAUCCAUCUUUGAUACAAGUGUUGUAAAUUGUAAUUAAUUAGGAAAUGAAGAAAAUGAAAAAACGAAGAACAAUCGUGCUUUUGAUGUUGUUAUUGUAAUCUGAAUGAGCGUUAGUUAAAAGAAAAAAAGACAUUUUAAAAGUGAAUCAAAGUUUAAGGAGAAAUCACUGGCCGAUCGUGAACUUUUUUUACUUCCGGUAUCAGACGCAUUCAGGCUAAUAUAUGCAGCUUAACAUUACGUAAAUCGCAAAUCAUUAAUGAAGAGAAAGUAUAUGAUUAAUUGCUAAGCGAAAUGAAAUACAUAUACAUAUAUACGUAUAUACAUCCCUGACUUUCCCACUGGAUCCCUGAGAAAACAGUUUGUGUACAAGUGAAAAACAUAUUUGUAAAAAUAUAAUGUAUGUCGAUAAAUAUAAUGAUAA